CCAGCCUUUUCUUAGCCAUUUUUCAAGGUUAGGGUUUAUGAUUUCCUAUUAAUUCUUCCCUGUUUAAAUUUUUCUUCGCUGCGCUGGUCAUGGAAGCAAGGCUGAUCUUCCGGUGCCCUCUCUUUUCACGUUAUGCUCUAAAAUGAAAGCUGUGUAAUUGCCAAGAAAGCGGAUUUGGUUGCUCUGCGCUCGUUGCUUAAUUAGAGUUUGAUUUUAUUUCGUUAAUGAUGAAAUCUUCAUCUGUGGCAUGAAAUUGCAGCAAAUUAGAAGCACUUUCACCAAGUCACUGCUUAAGCUCAAUUGCCUUCUGAAAGACCUCAAUCACUCCCAAAAAUACUGGGAUGCGCUCCACCUCUUCCAACAAAUCCAUUCUACCUACCACUUGGAACCUGACCAUUAUACCUUAUCGACUGCCCUCGCUGCCUGCAGCAACCUUCGUGAUGUAUAUGUUGGUUCCCAAAUCCAUGGCCACGCCAUCAAGUCCGGCUUCAAUGAAUUCCCUCAUGUCUCAAAUACUCUGCUUUCCCUUUAUGCAAAGUCAUGGGAUAUAGCGUUGGUCAAAAUGGUUUUUGAUGAAAUACAAAGACCGGAUAUUUAUUCGUGGACCACAUUGUUAUCCGCUUGUAUGAAGCUUGGUGAAUCGGAGUACGCUUUUUGGAUGUUUGAUAGAAGUCCGCAAGAAAAUGUUGCAAUUUGGAAUGCGAUAAUAACUGGUUUCGCGGAAAAUGGACUUGAUGAGGUUGUAUUUAAUCUUUUCCAGAAAAUGCAUGUGUUGGGUGUAAAACAUGAUAAUUAUACUUUUGCUAGUGUUUUGAGUUUGUGUUCUUUAGAGAUGUUGGAUUCUGGAAGGCAAGUGCAUUCAUUGAUUGUGAAGACUGGGUUUUUAGUAAGAUCUUCAGUGAUUAAUGCUUUACUUACUAUGUAUUUUAACUGCAGAAGUAUUACAGAUGCAUAUGGAGUAUUUGAGGAAACGAGAGGUGGACUGGGAGAUGAAAUAACUUACAAUGCAAUGAUGGCUGGUCUAUCAAGCAUGGAAAGAGGUGACGACGUCUUGUUAAUUUUCAAAGAUAUGCAAAAUUCUGGUUGGAGACCAACAGAAUUGACUUUUGUGAGUGUCAUAAGUGUGUGUUUGUUGUCUAGAGUUGCUACUCAAGUACAUGGCCAAGCUAUUAAGAUGGGUUUUGAAGACUUUACGUCUGUGAGUAAUGCAGCAAUAACCAUGUAUUCUAGCUGUGGGGACUUGAAUGCAGCUCGCAUGGUUUUCAUGAGAAUAAAAGAGAAGGAUAUUGUGUCAUGGAAUGCAAUUAUAACAAGCUAUGCUCAAGAGAGUUUGAGUGAAGAUGCAAUCCUAGCGUACCUUCAGAUGCAAAGGGACGACAUUGAACCCGAUGAGUUUACAAUUGGAAGCUUAUUAGCGAGCUCCAAGCUGCUAGUGGUUGUUGAGAUGAUUCAAGCUAGCGUAAUAAAAAAAGCACUUAACUUGAAAAUUGAAGUUUCAAAUGCAUUGCUUUCUGCCUUUUCUAAUCUCGGGGAACUGAACCAAGCCAAUAAACUGUUCCAUGAAAUGUCCCAAAGGAAUUUGAUCUCUUGGAAUACAUUAAUUUCUGGGUUUCAAUUAAACGGAUUGCCUGUAUGCGGUUUGCAGCAAUUUUAUGAAUUGCUUCUAUCGGGAUUGAGGCCUAAUGUUUACACCCUUUGCCAUGCUUUGAGCAUUUGUGCCAGCAUUUCGGAUCUACAGCAUGGAAAACAGCUUCACGGAUACAUUCUCACAUCUGGGUAUUUUUCGCAAAUUUCUCUGGGCAAUGCACUCGUUACUCUGUAUGCUAAGUGCGGAGCUUUGAGUUGGUCCUUGAAAGUUUUUCAGACAAUGAUUGAAAAAGAUAUAAUAUCUUGGAACUCAAUAAUAUCUGCCCAUGCACAGCAUGGACGAGGCAAGGAAGCUAUUGAAUGCUUUGAGGCUAUGCAAGAUUCAGGUGGAAUCAUACCCGAUAAAGCCACCUUUACUGCAGUUCUUUCAGCUUGCAGCCAUUCAGGUUUAGUUGCUGAUGGCAUUAGGAUAUUCAGCUCAAUGGUCCGUACUUAUGGUCUGGAACCUGAAGUACACCAUUUUUCUUGUGUUAUUGACCUGUUAAGUCGAGCUGGAUUUUUGGAUAUAUCGGAGAGACUAAUUAACAUUAAGGAUAUCAACAUUGAUCCCAGUGUCUGGUGGACGUUAUUCAGUUCUUGUGUUGCUCAUGGUAAUCUAGAAUUGGGAAGUAUUGCUGCAAGAUUUCUUUUAAAUACUGAACAUAAUGAGCCAGCAGUUUAUGUUCUCUUGUCAAAUCUUUAUGCUAACGCAGAGAAAUGGGAAGAGUCGGCCGCUGUGAGGGAAUUGAUGAGGAGAUAUGGGGUAGUGUAG